AUGACCUCGCCUACGUCGCAUCGAUUCUCCGGCUACACCCACCGAUCCACCGGAAGCGACUCGGCAGGCCGCCCGCACAGCAGCGAUGGCAAGCAGAAGAACAUAUGGUCGUCGAUGCUGGAUGGCGUGUCGAGCGGGAAGCGGUUACCGGAGAAGAGCUUGCUAGUCCUGGGAGGCACGCCCGACACGCAAAAGGAGUUUUUGGAGUCGCUGACCAUGGACGAGAAUGGUCGGAGGAGACCUCCGGAUCGCGGCAGGAAACCACCUGUUGCGAAUCAGUUUGCGCUAGGUUACACGUAUCAGGACGUCCUGGACGCCGACCACGAAGAUAUUCUCGCCCGUCUCUCACUCUAUCUCCUUACCGACCCCUCUCCCUCCUUUACACCGCUCAUCAAGCCGCUUCUGACCCCGCAGACCCUCCCGAACAUGCUCAUUGUAAUUCUGCUCGAUUGGUCGCAACCAUGGUCCUGGGUGCGCCAAUUGCGCGAAUGGAUUCGCGUUCUGCGCUCGCUCAUGGUUUCGCUCGACGACGAGUGCAAGGACGUCAUGGAAGAGAACAUAAUCUCAUGGCGCGAACGCGGUCGUAAAAACAAUCUCGAUGGCUCCCCUGGAACGGCAACGGAUGGCGAUGUCAGCAUCCCUGUAGGUCCUGGCGAAUGGGACGAACCCCUGGGUCUUCCGUUAUGCGUUGUGUGUCAAAACGCCGACAAGAUCGAAGCACACGAACGUGAAAGGGGCUGGAAAGAGGAGGAAUUCGAUUUCGUGUUGCAGUACCUGCGUACUAUCCUACUCAAGCACGGCGCCAGUUUGGUCUACACAAUGCCCAGCGCCCCUGGUGCCCUGCAGACGCUCGUCCAUUCAAGUCUCAGUAUCCAAAGCCUGCUGCAGAAGAAGCAGCUCAAGCACAACGUCAUUGAUCGCGACCGCGUCCUCGUGCCACCCAACUGGGACUCUUGGGGCAAGAUUCGUGUGUUGCGCGAAGGUUUCGAUGCCGAAGGGGUUAGCCAAGCGUGGUCUGUCGACAUCCAGGCGCCACCCGCAUCCCAGGAACAGGAGGAGCCCGCAACGAACGGCGACUUCAAUGGCGAAAACGGAGCCGUGACUGCAAUCAGGCCGCCACCUCCGCCACAGGAAGAGGAAGAAGGUACCGCCGUCGCCGUCUACGAAGAGACCAUUCGCGACCCGGCACGCGACUCUUUGCUCACCACGGGCACGCUACCAACCUCGCAUCCGGGCAUCGAGAUCGAGAGCCAAGACAAUCAAAUGUUCCUGCAAUCGCAAUUGGAGGUCCUCGACAAGUUGCGCACGGAAGACGAGAAAGCGAAGGCGGCAUCGUCAAAGGAGGCGAAGAAGAUGGGCUCUGGCUCAGGCGCAGGAGGAGGCGCGGCCUACCUGUCUCAUACGGACACGGCUGGCACAGGUGCCGGCAGCGGCGUCGUCGAAGAGCAUAUCGGACCUGUGCAGUUCAACAUGGGCGGUAUCCAAGUCGAUGCCGACGACAUGCUGAAGAGGCUGAAGGACCGUGAAGCCAGCCGCGACGCCGCCGAGAACGGCGACCCAGGGUCCGGCGUCACGAGCCCCGUUGACGACGGCAAGACAGAGAACGAGCGUCUGGCCAGUUUCUUCGCAGGUCUCAUGAAGCGGGGCGGAGGCACGGGCAGCGCCGGAGGCACGAGGCCGCAGACGCGCGCCGGGCCUGAGUGA